GCAGACCUGCUGCGUCCUUCAGUUGCAGCCCGCGGAAGGCAGUUCGGCGGAAGCAGAAGCUUUAAUUGAAUCGAAAUGGAUUAUAGUCGGCGAAAUCCUUCUCCUCCAUUGAAUCUAAGUGUUUCUGAUGUCGUUGUGGGGGACACGUUAUACAGUCAAUCGUUCAUAUGCACAGUUCUAUUGGAUUGGAUGAAUAGCUUGAAAGAAAAUUACGUGGAUUCUGCCGGUGAUGGCGAUGUUGAAAUUGAUCCAUGCCUGGAAGAUAAACUCUGCCAGCUGUGGGAUAUGACUUUUGAAGCCGAAGUAGCGAAAAUGCUUAUAGAGAACGAGUUGUUAUUAAUCGUGUCGCAGACUUUGGAAGUCAGCAAAUCUCCUCGCUUGAAGGAAAUCGCCCUUGGGAUUCUUGCAAAUGCGCUGUCAGUCUCCCCGAGUCUACGUCGGCACAUACUGCUAGAUGACAUGAAUCUUGUCGAACGUGUGCUUGGUGUACUUUUCUCAAGUGACUCACGAAUUGUCUAUGAAGGACUUAGGGUACUGAAUAGUCUGUAUUACGAUAUGUACGCUGAUUUUGUAGACCAGGAACAAAAGGGUUACGAACACGUAUGCUGUUUGGUGCGGAAUAUUUUGGGUUCGACGAACGCCCCGAACGUUUUGGCGUUUAUCCUAGGAAGUUCCGUCAUGGAUGAUGUCUUGUGCCAAACGUUGAGAUUCCUUACGAGAAUCAUAUCCUUAGAAGUCAAUGAUACGGCGCCGUUUGUUGUGAGCUUUUCUGAUCCUGGCAAUUUCGUGUCAGUCAUGGAAGCCAUGAAUCAGUUGAAAGUUUCUGAUCCAAUGAACGCCUGUGCCAGAGAUUCGUGGCUUGCUGGUGUUGAUGCCAUGAUAAUUCUAGCGACAGUAGUUUCGUACGGCAUGCGCAUUGGUCAUAAUCUGAAUUUUGUGCCCAGUGACGAAUUGAGCAAAGUUCUUGCUGGUUUUAUUCGUCAGUGCGGACUGCAAGUAGAUCGUAGAGAUGAAAAUGAUUUAAUACAGCUUCAAGUUGCUGUGGAUUCUUUGAAACUUCUCUGUGAGGGGCCAUUCUGGAAGUUCUCUGAUUUUUACGGGUUGGCCUCGAGUCUUUGUGCCUUGACCGAAGCUAUUGGGAAUUUUUCCAAAGCUGUUGGUGAUUCAAGUGUCGAAAUAGCUUCGAAACUCAUGGAAUUAAGUCAAUGUGUCCGCUUCAUCAGUGGGGACGUUUUUCAAAGAAUUCAAUCUCGGGGAAAUUCUUCAGAAGUGGAGAAAAUGGCGGGAGAGUUGAAUGGUUUGCAAGUCGAUGUUCCGUCGAAUCCUGAGUGA